AUGCGGGGAGCCAUGUUUGACUGGGCCAGUAGCGGGAAGGAGAGUCCCCCACAUCCGGUUCCGCACAGAGUGAUCCGCACUACCCUGAGGGUGCUGUAUCUUGUGCGGAAACAAAAUGAAGACUACCGUAUGUUGUUCCGUUGCUUGGCUGGAGUGGUCAGUCUAUACGUGGCAAAAGGCGGCCUCAAAAGAGAGGCGGAAGAAGCAGGUGAAGCUGAUCCGCCCUCAUUCGACGUUUCUUCAACGAAUUCUAGUGAGGACCUGAAAGCGUCACAUUCGAACUUGAAAGUUUCAGAUGAAAUCGAUAGCUACAUGUAUCAGACUGUUGGUCAGACCGGAGUUGCUAAACUGGCCGAAGCCAUGGCAUUGCCAUUAUUUUCGCACACGAUAAGAGGAAGCAGCUUGAAUACAAGUCUCAAUUAUACUCCGGCAGAUGGAGAUGAAGUUGAGGAUUUAUUUGAAUUAUUGAAGGUAGUUAAAGAAAGCACGAACAUUGAAGGGGUCAGUGUUGGAGCUGUCCUGUCGGAUUAUCAGAGAAUCCGAGUUGAAAAUGUCUGUGAUCGUUUGAGCUUGACUCCAUUGGCAUACUUAUGGCAAAGGGAUCAAGAAGAGUUGUUACAGUCUAUGAUUGACGUUGGCAUUGAGGCUAUUCUCAUCAAAGUUGCAUCGAUGGGACUUGAACCGCGAAAACAUCUGGGCAAAAAUUUGCGUGCCGUCAAGGGUGAUCUUAAGACAUUGGCUAUUAUACUUUCCAUUUUGAACUGUAGCGAUGAGCAAGAAUUCGUGGAGGAUCAGAAGAAUACAAUCUCUCCAGUCGGAUAUAUCAGGUUUUUGAAACUGUCUUUGGAAGCUAAGCCUUAUGCGGGAGACGACUGGUUGGAAAAAGUCCCUACUCCGAUGAUCUUUGUCAAAGGUAUCCUGGCUAAAGACGACGCUGUUACUACAGCGGCAUCUUUUCGAGAAAUUUCCGAGCCUCCAGUAUCCGAUCCAUUCAAGAUGCUUGUGAUUCGCUCAAGCAGUGGCUUCUUUAAAAUGUUCAUGGCAGUUGCAGACGGAAAAAUUGGCCGUGUUCUUCAUCAAGCAACUGAAUAUCUGCAUUCUCAAGACCUGAGUUUUUCUUGUGUGGCCUCUGUUAUCAUGUAUGUCAGUAAAAUGACGAAAUACUCUGCGUUCAAUGCGAAGUAUGCUAGCUUCUUUGGGAGCGAUCCUCCCCCGAGAGCCUGUGUUGAAGUACCUUUACCAGCUAAUCUCGAUGCACUGAUAGAAAUCACAGUUGCCGAUGAAAAGCCGAAAGUACUUCUCGUUCGUAGUGUAUCUCAUUGGGCACCAGCAGUCAUUGGUCCAUAUAGCCAAUGCUCCCACGUUGGCAAUACAUUUUACGUUGCCGGGCAAAUAGGACUUGUCCCGGGAAGCAUGGAACUCAUUCCUGGCACCGUUGGGAAACAAUCUCAGCUGUGUCUUCGUCAUGUUAAUCGAAUAUUAGAUGCUAUGGUUUCCGAAGUGGAAGGUCGCGUUUACUGUGGCCUAUGCUACGUCGUCAAUGAAGAAGAUAUCGGUGUUGCCGAGAAAACAUGGAAGUUGGAAGGCGGAAGUGCUCCUGAACUGCUUGAUGUUUUGAUAGUUUCCGCUCUUCCUCGAAGUGCUUUGGUAGAAUGGCAUGUGAAAACGUGGCAGUGUGAUGCAAACUCGGUAAGCUUUUACGGUAACGCCGCCUGGACCUCGAAUGUUACGUCGCAACCGGUUGAAGAACAGUGCUUCACGGUUGGAUCAGUGGUCAUGCCGAGGGAUGCUGCAAUGACGUCCUCGGAGUAUCUCCCUUACGAAAAUAUGGAUGAGAGUUCAUCGGACUAUUCCCUGGAACCUGACGCUGUUAACCAAAAUUCUGCCUUGUCUCAGGGUCGAAAUGACCCUGUCAAGUUGAAAGGACCUAUCGCCUUUGCAGGAGAUUCAGAUACGGAUAAGAUCCCCAUAUCUAAAGAGGGUCGAGCCAAGAUGAAGGGUGCGCAUCUGGGCAGUUCCCAAGCAUUGAACGUUUCCUCAACACUUGUGAAAAAUGCAGACAAGAAAGUUUUUUUGCCGAAGAAUAACGAUUCACCUGAUGUAAUUGCUCAAGAAGCCUUACAGCAAGCUAUUAUUAAUCGUCCAAUCGCCGAAAAGAAUGCCAUGGUGAUGUACGAGCCUCCAAAAAUCCAUAUUCUGGAUGAAAGCAGAGAAUAUCCUGAUGAGGAAUUUCGCACCGGCCCGUUCACGUUCGAUUUGAAGGGAACUUACGACUGGGCUGAUGGCAUUGGCGAUGAAGGCUUCAUUGCUGCUCCCGUAUCUUGUUUCAAGCACGCCCCGCUUUCCAACAUAUGGGAAAAAAUUUCGCUUGGCAUGAAGAUUGAGGUUCCGUGCUAUGCGCACGAAUCAGUGGACGAAGGAAUUGAUGAGCAAGACGAGUCGUAUUGGAUAGCAACAGUGGUUCGUAUUCAGGGAUACCUCGCAAUGGUGCGUUAUGUUGGAAUGCCGGAUCCACCGGACGACCCCAGCGUCAUGACUGCUGGUGAUUUCUGGGUGCAUUUGUGCUCCGAUGAAAUGAAGCCAGUCGGUUGGUGUGCGCAGCGUUCUAAGGUUCUCAUCCCACCACCUUGGUUGGGAGAGGAAGACCCAGGAACUUGGGCGCAUGAAACUUCGCCAAACAUUAAACCGGUUGGCUGGGCCCUCAAACAUCUGCAUGAUAUGGAAAUCUCUCGUGAAUAUCUUGAGCGUAUCCGUUACGGAUUGAAUGAUCCAAGAGAUGCUCCAGAAAAUCAUUUUACCGAUGAGCCGGGUUCAGAAGAUGAAGACGGGCCGCCUGAUGGUGUGAGAGAUUUUUUGCCGGGAGAUAAGCUGGAAUGCGUUGAUCCGUUGAAUGCAAAUGUUAUCGGUUCUGCUACUGUUGAACGGGUUUUGCCGGGAAGGUACCUCAUGAUUCAGAUGGAUUGGUACUUGGAGGAAGAACGUGCACGAGACGCCUUUUGUCGACACGCAUCUUCGAAGUAUAUUUUCCCCUGCGGGUUUUGUCAGACAAAUCAAAUUCCGUUGAAACCUCCGGUUGGCUGCGAUGAAGACUGUUUCUCGUGGAAGGAUUAUUUGGAAAAAACUGGACUUCAAGCCGCUCCCAUUGCACUUUUCCAGAGGAAGACAUAUCCCCAUCACGGGUUUGAAGAAGGCAUGCGACUUGAAUGUGUUGAUGCGACGGACCCACGUCUGAUUUGCGCUGCAACGAUUGUGAACGUCGUACAGCGAUUGCUGCGUAUCCAUUUCGAUGGUUGGGACGAAGAGUAUGAUAUGUGGAUAGAUUGCGAUUCUGCAGACAUUUUCCCGCUUGGCUUUUGCACCCUGAUCGGAUAUCCGCUGCAAAGUCCUCGAGAGGGCUAUGAACAAAAGCGGAAGCGUGUUUCUGGGAAAAGAGGACGCCGACGAAAAGGUCAGCCGAUGUCGAAAACAACAAUCAAUGUUCAGAGAUCAGUUCGAGGCGUGGAAACCGUGCGGGGUACCUCUGAACCAAAGGAAGAUAGUAAAAGUCGGAGUAGCCGGGAGAUCGUCGAAACAGUUCCCAGAGAAAAAGAACCGGAAGAAAAGAAAAUCGACAGUGUCCUGAAUUUCAAGGAAGAAACGCAAGAGAACGAGCAGCCGCCCCAACUAACUUCAGCCCACGAGUGGACAAUCGCCCAAGUUUGCCAGUUUUUGGCGCAAAGUGACUGUGGACAAUUCUCUCAGCAAUUCAUUGAGCAGGCGAGUGUUUCAACGAUGUCGGAGAAAAUCGAUGGCAGCCGCUUUCUGCAAUUGACAAUAAAUGACCUUGUAAAAAUGACAAAUAAGAUGGGACCUGCCCUGAAGAUAUCGAAGCUGAUCGAGGAUAUCAACUUCAAGCUCAAUCCUGCACUUUCUCAUUCGGACGAUUUUAGUGACGAUGAAGCAGAUGGUGGUUUAACCGGCUUCUUGUUUGGAAAUAUCGACAAUGCGGGGAAACUUGAACAAGAUUCUGACUUAUUCGAUGAAGAGUCGCGGUUGCAUUUGGCUUCUUUGCAAAAAUUCGGAAUCGGAUCUUUAUUGCGCGAAGUUGUCGAUUCGAAACCGCGCGAGGAUGAGCCGGAUAAGAGACUUUCAGAAGAUGAAGAAGACGAUUUUAUGUACGAUGAUCCGGACGAUGAGGAUCCGAGAGAUUCCGAUAAGCAUCGGAAGCAGAAGAACGUUUUAUCGAAGAAAGCAGCGCAUAAAGGAGCAGAUGCUCGGGAUGGACCAGUGCAAAAAUUGACCUCAGCCGUUGAUUAUUCUGAUAUGGAUGAGAUAGCGGAGGAAGAUGCUGAAAGUGACGCGGUGUUGAUGCCUCCACCGCCUCCAAGAACGAAACCUAGUCCGUUAGCGCCGCUUUCUUCCGCGGGUAUGGAUGGUCACGACGAUAGUCAUAAUAAGCUGAACACACCUUUGGCCGCCAUGUUACCAUCUAAGUAUGCUGACCGGAAUGUUACAGAGCUCUUUCCGGAAUUCCGGCCUAAUAAGGUAUUGAGAUUUUCAAGAUUGUUUGGACCUGGAAAGCCAAGCUCGUUGCCUCAGAUUUGGAGAGGGGUUAAACGCAAGAAGAAGCGGAAAACCAGAGUACGUCAUGACUCAGCUACUAAUGGAACUGCUGCAGAUGCAGAAGUUCAUCCUUGGAAAUUUGAUUUCGGCUCGCCACCAACAAGUGAUCAAAUUUACGACAAUGAGGAUGAAUUCCUUCGACCUAUGGAAUUUCAAGACGGCAAUGGCUAUCUUGGCCGGAAGAAAGACUCAAAUUCUCCGGGCGUUGCUCCUUGGAGAUACGGACCUGCCCAGUUAUGGUUUGACAUGUUGGAUGUCCCGGAAACUGGAGAAGGAUUUAAUUAUGGUUUCAAAACGAAACGCAAAGAGAAGAAGUACAAGCAGUCAUGGCAAAGUUCGAUUCUGGGACGGAAGCGUCGUCGUUUGGGACGUAUGUCAUCCAGUGUUGGAUUAUCUAUCGGCGAAGGAGAAUCUUCAGAUUCCGAUGACGAAGCUGUCAAUAAUAGGGAUACUUCAUCGGAGUCAAACGUUUUCCCGGAGGAUGCAUUUUUUAUGAUGAAUCAGAUUAAUUGGGAGGACGAUGUGAUAUGGAACGGCGACGAAGUGAAGAACAAAAAACUGCAAAUGAAGUCAAACGCUGCCGGAUGGGUUCCUUCCAGUAUGAUGAGGACUGCUCAGUCGUUAACUUUAAGCCAGCCUGUGAAAGCAAGUUCCGGUGUUCCUGUACCAUCCUCCGCAGGACAAAAGCAUGGCAAAGACAAGAACAACCUGGUUCAGCAGGAUGAUGGUGAUGACACAUGGUAUUCCAUUUUUCCUGUCGAAAAUGAGGAACUCAUAUAUAGGCGAUGGGAAGAUGAAGUUAUUUGGGAUGCCGAGUGCAUGCCUAAGGUUCCCGACCCAAAAGUCGUUACGUUGGAUCCUAACGACGAGAACAUCAUUCUUGGAAUUCCGGACGACGUAGAUCCGAGUACCGGGGAGAGUACCGAGCAAGUUCGAACGAAAACGAAAAUUCCUCACCCUCACGUUCGCAAGUCAAAAAUGUUGCUUGGGAGAGCUGGUGUGAUACAUCAAAUUGAAGAAGACUCUCCGCCGCCGCCACCAAAAUCACCGGAUAAAGAUCCUUACAACAUGGCCAAUGAUAUAUUUUAUCAAAUGAAGGCCGAACCGAAUCUGAAGAGUACUGUUGGUGGCACCUUGAUACAGCACUCAAUACCGGUUAUUGAAUUGCGUGCUCCUUUUGUUCCCACGCAUUUGGGACCGAUACGUCUGCGAGCCUUUCAUCGCCCGGCUAUUAAGCGGUACUCUUAUGGACCUUUAUCUACUUCUAGUGAACAUCCGGUGCAAUGCCUUGCGAGUGAAAUUCAACGGAAAGCUAGGGAACGAGAGCAGGAACGGCUGGCUUCCGGUGGGGGAGAAGUAUUUUUCAUGCGAACACCGGAUGAUCUCACCGCGAAAGAUGGCGAGCUUAUUUUCUGCGAAUAUUCGGAAGAACAUCCUCCGCUAAUCAUGCAAGUAGGCAUGUGUACGAAGAUGAAAAAUUAUUACAAGCGUCGAGCGGUGAAGGACCUCCGGCCGCCUGACUACAAGUACGGAGAGACAGCGUACGUGCAUACUUCCCCAUUCCUGGGCUCGAUGCAUCCCGGUCAGAGCCUGCAGUCGUUGGAGAAUAACCUGUACCGUGCUCCAAUUUAUGAACAUCCGUCGGCCAAGACGGACUUCUUGAUAAUACGCACUCGACAAGGAUAUUAUCUGAGGGAUGUCGAGACUUUGUAUUGCGUGGGACAGCAAUGCCCGUUGUAUGAAGUUCCAGGUCCGAACUCCAAGCGAGCGAAUAAUUUCGUUCGUGAUUUUCUCCAGGUAUUCAUUUUUAGGCUAUUCUGGAGCAGUCCAGAUAACCCAAGAAGAAUCAAGAUGGAUGAUAUUAAACGUGCUUUCCCGUCUCAUUCGGAAAGCUCGAUUCGUAAGCGACUCAAAAGUUGCGCAGAUUUCAAACGAACGGGUACUGACUCGAAUUGGUGGGUUCAACGCCCCGAUUUCCGUUUACCCACUGAGGAAGAACUGCGAGCUCUUGUCAGUCCAGAACAAUGCUGCUCGUAUUUCUCCAUGAUAGCUGCUGAGCAACGUCUACGUGAUGCCGGGUACGGCGAAAAGUUCCUUUUGAUAGCCCAAGAUGACGACGACGAAGAUAUGCAGAUGAAAAUGGAAGACGAAGUGAAGGUUGCUCCAUGGAAUACCACACGCGCGUACAUCCAAGCAGCCAAGAACAAAUGCCUGCUGCAGCUUACUGGUCCUGCUGAUCCGACCGGCUGCGGUGAAGGCUUCUCCUACAUCAGGGUGCCGAAUAAACCGCAGCAAAACAAGGAAGAAGUCGUCCAAGAGAAGAAAACCGUCACAGGAACUGACGCAGAUCUUCGUCGCCUGUCCCUUCGUGACGCGAAGGCGCUUCUUCGGAAAUUCAAAGUCCCCGAAGAAGACAUCAAGAAGUUGUCGCGCUGGGAAGUCAUAGAUGUUGUGCGAACGUUAUCGACGGAGAAGGCAAAAGCUGGGGAAGAGGGCAUGACGAAGUUUUCUCGUGGUAACCGAUUUUCGAUUGCCGAACACCAGGAACGCUAUAAGGAAGAGUGUCAACGAAUUUUUGAACUCCAAAACAAGGUUUUGGGUUCGAGUGAACUUCUGUCGUCGGAUGAAGCGUCGUCUUCAGACGAAGACAACUCAGACAUGGAAGACAUGAGUAAAAAUCUGGAGAAGAUGCUGACAAAUAAGAAGACGUCUUCGCAGUUGACCCGCGAACGCGAAGAACAGGAGAGAAAAGAGCUCCGGAAGAUGCUGAUGGAAGAUUCGAAGAAGAAACAAACUCCUGUUGGUGCAACGGAAGAUAGUCAGCAAGGGGACGCUUCUGCCGCACCCGGAAGAAAACUGCGGAUCACUCGCACGUUUCGGAAAAGUAAUGGAGAACUUUUUUCACGCGUGGAAACUGUUAGAACACCUUCAGUUAUCGACGCCUACGUGAAGAUUCGUCAGACUAAAGACGAAGCUUUCAUUCGUCAAUUCGCAAUGCCGGAUGACCAGCAGAAAGAAGAGAUGAAACGCGAAAAGCGACGUAUUCAAGAACAAUUGCGUCGUAUAAAGAAAAAUCAGGAGCGUAGCGGACGCCUGAGCGAUGGUGCGGAAAGCGAGUCUCGCGAUGGUUUGAAAUUGGAGUCUUUUGCAUCUAGCGAAACCACGUCGAGUCCACAACCCCCAUCUGCGAAGAAGUCUGUAAAAAAGAGCAAAGAAGACAAGGAGCCCAAAGAAAUCCCACAAAAGGCCUCAAAAGCGAAAUCAGAUUUGAAGCUGAAGUGUGGUGCUUGUGGUCAAGUAGGUCACAUGAGGACGAACAAAGCGUGUCCUCAGUAUUCUGGUGCUGGCGCCAUACCUUCCGUCGCCGUUGCGAUGACUGAAGCGCAGGAAGAAGAGCUUGAAAAGGAGGCCUUCAAUGAAGAUGAACACUUGGUGAACGUCGACGGGACAAAAGUUACGUUUUCUUCCAGUGUACUCAAACAGGCUGACGAGUUGAAGCGAAAAUCCUUGCUUCUGAAGUUCCCCAAGAAGUCUGUCGAUUCUGCUAACCAGCCUGCUUCUCCCACGGAAGCCAGUCCUCCACCUGCUGGUCCACCACCGUUGCUUCAUGUUGCAUCUUCAUCUAUCGCUUCUCCCUCUGGUCCAGCGAAGAAGAAGCGUCGGUUGAACAGUUCUCAAAACUUGGAUUAUCUCAAAAGGAUUAAGAAACCAGCGCAACGGCGGAGAAUUGAUCCCCUAGUUGCUCUUUCUACUGCAUUUGAAGAUAUUCUGAAGGAAAUGAGCGGCAUUAAAGAAUCGGCACAGUUCUUGUAUCCAGUGCAAGCCAAACUCGUGCCAGAUUAUCACCGCAUAAUUUCCCAUCCGAUGGAUUUGCAGAAGAUCAAGGAAAACAACAGAACGCGCCAGUACCAGUCUCGUGAGGAAUUUUUGCAAGAUGUGACUCUGCUUGUUCACAAUUCUCAGCUUUAUAACGGCCCGAAUCACCCGUUGACACAUGAUGCUAAAGAGCUGCUGAAGUUGUGUAUCCAGAGGAUUGCAGAGCAAGAACAGAAGCUGAUGGACCUUGAAACCUCCAUCAACCCGCUCUUGGAUGCCAACAGUAAAGUUGCGUUAUCUUUUAUUUUGGACUCCAUACUGCAAAACAAGAUCAAAAUUAUGCCGGAAUCCUAUCCAUUCCAUAAACCCGUCAAUAAGAAGAAUGUGAAGGACUACUUUUCGGUCAUCGACGAACCCAUGGAUCUCGAGACCAUCGAGAAAAAAAUUAAAGACCACAAGUAUCUGAAAGGAAAGGCUUUUCUCCGGGACAUUGAGCUGAUUUAUUUGAACAGCGCAAAAUAUAAUGGGCCUGAAUCGUUGUUCACUCAGCAAGCCAAGAAGCUCGUCGAAGCAGCAAAAGUAUAUUUACAUAAGUAUCAAGAACCGUUGACAGACUUGGAGUUGAAGAUAAAAUCUUCCAUGCUUAAAGCGGGUGAAGCUAGUCUCAUGGUAGAGGUCGAUGGCUCAACUGGUUCCGAAUACGAACCAUCCGACGAUGAAAACGCUCGUGGUCCAGCCUCCUUUUUCGAGGUGAAGUCGGAAAUGUUGUCCGGUGAAGAUUCGCGGGCGAUGACUGACCAAGAUGGCGGCGAGUUUGCUGGCCACCAUGGGGACGACGUUGAAGUUGAGGACAGUUACGAUCCUGAGGCCCAAUUGUUGCUGGACUUCGGACGGCAGAACGCUGUGAUGCCCGGCAAUGCCCACGGAGGCUUCGAUGAAAAUCAAGAGGCUAUGUAUACGCAAGAUAGCGGGCUGGGUGCGAGUCAGCAUGACUCCCAAGAAAAUGCACAAUCUGACGUUUGGCCGCAAAUUCAGUUUUUGCUCGUCGUAGCUCUGAUCGCGGCUAUUUCCGUCGGAAUCGGCGGUUCGCCCGUUUCUCAAUUGAGUGUCCCAGGACAGCAUGGGGGCCAGCAGCAGGAUUUCCAGAGACCUGGGCAAGUUUUUGACGCGCAAAAACAACGCACGGGAUUUGGGCAAGGCGACCAACACCAUCCGCAACAACAACAGCUUCCAGGGGGAUACGGAGGUCAAAGCGGUGCUGGACAACAACAGCAUACAGCUGCUGGGGUUCAAGGCCAACAAUCAGGUCAAUUUAGAAGGGACGAGGGCUUGGUGAACCCAGGACAACCGCAGCAGCAGCAGCAGCAGCAGCAACACCGCCAACUUGAUGUGAAUCCCCAACGUCAGGGGCAACAAAACGUACCAUCGGCGCAACAUUUCCCUGAACAACAACUACAACGGGCUCAGGCAGUGCGUGUGAACAAGAGAAGUGUCGUGUCGCAACUUAAAGAAAGUUCGCAUAAUGAAGAAGGAAUGAGCGGAAAGGAUAAAUUGCCGGCGACACGAAGUGAGGGAGAAGGCGCCAAACAAGACCACAAGCAACACGGGGAAGGUCAUGAACACAAGCAACAUCACGGGGAAGGUCAUGAAGCGAAGCAAGGCCACGAAACGGCUCACCAUGAAAGGAAAUUGAAUUGAAAACUGCUUGAUAAAUUUCCCGGAGAGUGGAAACGGUUUAAAACGGAUGCAUGAAAUUGAAAAAUCUUCCGCUUGCAAUGGAUUAUGUACAGUAUUCCAGAAAAGCAUUGUAAAGCGGCGAUGUGUUUCUUCGCAAAAAAUUUUUGAGGAAUAAAAAAAAGUUUCUAGAAUCAA